AUGCCCCAGCACCCACGGAACAACACCCAGCACCCACACAUGAGGUCGACAACGACACCCAACGCCCAGCGCCCACGUACAACAUGCGAUGAUGCCAACACAACAAUGGCACAUGACAACGACAACACGUCGACAACAUGUGACAUCGACAACGCAACGACAAUGACAACGACACUCGAUGGCGACAACACGACGGCGACACACGACAUCGACAACGCGACAGCUACAUGCAACGUCGACAACGCGAUGGCGACAUGCAACGUCGACAAUGCAAGUCCCCCACCACACUCUCCCCACCCCAUUAGUCCCCCCUUCCACCACACUCUCUCCUCACCACUCCUCCCCCCCUCCCUCUACAACACACUCUCCGUCUGUGUCUCUACCCCCCUUUUCUUGUCCCCACCCCCUUCAUUGUCCCUACCCCCUUCCUUGUCCCUACCCCCCCUGCUUUAA